AAUAUGCAUUUAUUUUGGCUGCUGGGGGGUCUGUUAAUCAAAACAAAAACUAAAGAGUAAAACCAUCACUUUCUCCUGGUUAGGAUUCUUUUAAAGUUUAUUGUGCAGGAGGUUUUUACCAGGAGCCGAAUUAUUCACGUGUCUCCCUCUCCAAAACGGACAACCCAGCGAUGGAAAGUGGGUAAAACACAAAGCAGUUUCCUGUUAAAAAUCUGCGUUUGUCCCGUGCUGAUUGGCUUGUCGCAGAUGUUUUUUCUCCGACGUUCAGAUCCGAAUGCUCAGGAGGUUUAUAAUGGAAGCUGAAUUAUCUGCAGAGGUCUCUUCCUCUCCAAAACAAACAGAUCUGGUGCUAUAAACAGGUAGAAACUCUGACUAUAGUAGUUUUGCAUCAAAAAUCUGUGUUUCUUGGAUGUUUGUCCUGCGCGCUUUGCUCAACAUGUUUCUCUAAUAACUCAAAAUCCAGACACUGGAUGACUCAAAAUCAUUCAUUUGGUUAAAUUUUACAAAAACAGCUAAAAUCUAAAAAUGUGUAUAGUAAGUACAUGGAUUAAAACUGGAUAAAAAAUCAAUUUCUGACAGCUUUUUACUGAAAACACACAGUGGAAAUGACCGGCGGUGGCCAAAUGACGCUUCAUGUCCGUGACUGAACUCACUUUGGGUUUGAACAUAGUUGGAAAUGUUUGGGAUAACUUUGGAAAACAAAAUAUUAUAGUAAUAAAAUGUUUUAAGAUUUUUCAAUGCAGAAAAGUUACAUUUUCUAAGUAAAACAUGAUAAGGCCUAAUUAAAAAAAAUGCACACAAAUCCAAGCUGGGUCUCCUUGUGUGUGAGAAAAAUGUUCUUUGAAUAUUUAUUUUUGUUGAUGUUAUUUGUAAUUAUCUUCUCUUUAUUCAGUGCAGGUUUUUACUAAAUGUGCAACCGUUUUUAAAUUGUACAAACUGACUUCAUAUAUCUGCACUGUGACGGAGAAUGUGUGCAUUUUACAAACCCUCUGCAUUUCAGUUUUCAGGGAAUCAAAAGAAGCUGUUUUUCCUCCAUUUCAAAUGUUUCCUUGUUUUUUUCCCCACAUUUCUAUCAUUGUAAUUGUGUAAAAUAAAUAUGUGCGCACUUAACUUUUUCUUUCGCACACCAAGUUGUUAGCUGAUCGUUUCUUUUAAAAUGUCACAGUUUUUGUGGGUUUUUUCUUUUCCUGUCCAGCAGCGAAACCCGAUGUCGUGCUCUCGCAUGUCUUACAUGAGUUUCUUAAGAAAUUUAACACCUUUUGUUUCAACUCACCUCUGCUGCUGUUUAUCGUCUCAGUAUGACCUCAAAUAGCCCCAAAGAUGCAAAAUCAGCUAAGGCACAGGUGAGGGCAGUAGAAAGCCCUCGGGUGCCGUCCCUGCUGCCUCCUCACUAUGUUGAUCCUGGAUCAGCUGUUUCACACCCUCACAGCUAUCACAGCCUGGGACACUGUCUCCGCUCCAACAUAUUUCCAGGUGCUCCCUCAACAUGGCGAUCCGUCUCCAGGGACUCUUACAUCCGCCACCCUCUGACUGCCUGGCCCACAGACCCCCGUCUCUGGUACGGCCACAAGACAGACGACAUGGUCCAGUGGACGGAGAGAAACAUCAUGAACCAGAAGCUCAACAAGAUACUGAGUGAAAUGAAGACCCCAAAAUAAGGUCCUGCCUCUCGCCCAGAGACGCCGACACACACUUCAUUUGCAGCCCUGCAUGUUGAUAUCUUGUCGCUUAACAAUAAACAAACGCGGAGGGUUUUUGGUAGUUAUAAGACACCACAACGAAGACUAUUUGUAAGACAAGAUAUCUGUGAGAACCUUUUGGUUUAGGUUAAAUCAAGCUGUAAUCGUUUGGGUGCUACCGCGUGGCAGCAACAAUAUUGUGUGUGUUUCAUUAUAAAAACACACUUUAAAAUGUUUAAAGAAAAAUUGUCAGUAAUAUGAUUCUUAAAUGCGACAUUUUGCACAGUGAGUACUUUUAAUGUGGGGACUUUGAGUAUAUUUCACUAAUAGUUGAAAAAAAAAACUUUUAGUUUGAUUUUGAAUGCAGGACUUUCCUUUAUGACAAAAUAAUUCAACACUACUUUUGCUCUGUUAAAAUAUAGAAAUACUUUUUCCACUACUGUAUUGAACAGAGGAGCUGUAAACCGCUGCAGCUGAAGGGUUACUCAUCUCUCUGUGUGAUGUGUAAACGCAGCAGAAUGGAGGUGGUUUCACAAAACCACUGAAACUGACUUUUUGUCACAACCUGCUACUUCUACUACCUAUAUGAUGAUUAUCUGUUGAAGUUAUCUGACCCGUUCUUUCCUACACGGAGAAAGGAAGCAGACUGUUUGAAGUUGAACACAGCGUGUCAAAAACACACAAUAAACUGACAAAAUCAG